AUGUCAUACAUCAUGGAAAUUACUUCAGAAGACCAGUUCACCGAAGUGACAAGACUAGCCCCUAGCAAUAAAUUGCUUGUGCUUUAUUUCUAUACUUCGUGGGCUGCACCAUGUGCCCAAAUGUCUAAAGUAUUUGACGCGUUGGCGAACGCUAAUCCAGAGUUUUCUUUCUUAUCAAUUGAUGCUGAUGCUCAAGCCAACAUUGCUGAAUUAUUUGAAGUGGCCUCGGUGCCACAUUUCAUUCUUAUCCAAGACUCAGUGAUUUUGAAAGAAGUGUCGGGGGCCGAUCCAAAGGAGAUUGCAAGUGCGUUAGCCGAUUUCAAGAGUGGCAAACUUGGGGAAACCAAUAAUGAUACCAAUAGUAAUAAUGAUAAUAGUAAUUAUGUCCCAGCUACUACUCCUGUUCCAGCUACUACUGCUCCCGCAAAGGAAAAAGAGGCCAGUGGUGCCCGUACUCAGGAAACUGAAGAAGAACUCAAUGAAAGACUUGAAAAACUCACCAAAGCCGCACCAAUCAUGGUAUUCAUAAAAGGAACGCCAUCCGAACCAAAAUGUGGGUUCUCUCGUCAAUUGAUUGCCAUUCUCAGAGAACACCAAGCGAAGUUUGGGUUCUUUGAUAUCCUCAAGGACAAUGCGGUGCGACAAGGAUUGAAGGCUUUUAGCGAUUGGCCAACCUUCCCACAAUUAUACAUCAAUGGGGAAUUCCAAGGGGGGUUGGAUAUUGUCAAGGAGAGCUUGGAAGAAGACGCUGAUUUCUUCAACAAUACGUUGAACGCUUGA